CGUCACCAUCAGCUGUCCCACAGAUUAAAGAUGGCGCCCUCUCAUGCACUGAAGUGCUGCACACGGGCUCUGAACUGGGUACCUGUCCUGUUUAUAAACCUUGUUGUCGGCUGGUCUUAUUACGCAUAUGUUGUGGAGCUCUGUGUCUAUACAAUCCCAAAUAAUGCAGAACGAAUCAGCUAUUUGGUCAUCUUUCACAUUUUCCUCGCCAUGUUUAUAUGGUCCUACUGGAAAACUAUCUGGUCCAAACCAGCCAGCCCCUCAAAAGCGUUCGGUCUGCCCAGAGCAGAGAAGGAACUGUAUGAGAGAGAGGAGCGAGCCGAGAUGCAACAAGAGAUUCUGAAGAAAGUGGCAAGGAAUUUACCCGUGUAUACACGCACAGCAGGAGGAGCCAUUCGAUACUGCGACCACUGCCAGGUUGUCAAACCUGACCGCUGCCAUCACUGCUCAACCUGUGAGAUGUGUGUGCUGAAAAUGGACCAUCACUGCCCCUGGGUGAACAACUGUGUUGGAUUCUCAAACUACAAGUACUUUGUGUUGUUCUUGGCCUACGCCUCACUCUACUGUGUGGUAAUUUGUGCUACAGUCAUCCAAUAUUUCAUCAAAUUCUGGACCAAACAGCUGCCUGACACGCAUGCCAAAUUCCACAUCUUGUUUCUGUUUUUCGUGGCUGCUCUGUUCUUUAUCAGCAUCCUGUCCCUUCUCAGCUACCAUCUGUGGCUUGUGGGAAAGAACAGGACCACUAUAGAGGCUUUUAGGGGUCCUGUCUUCGCAAACGGUCAAGACAAAAACGGGUUUUCUCUGGGCUUUAGCCGGAAUGCAGCUGAGGUGUUUGGAGAUCAAGGGAAGUACUGGAUGAUUCCUGUUUUCUCAAGUCUGGGAGAUGGACAUUCCUUUGUUACCAGAUUGGUACACAUAAAUCCUGAACAAGCAAACAGUGUCCUCCAGCAAAAUGGCAAAAGCCCUGCUGAUGUGGAGGCCAACGCUUGUGUACUCGGUAACAAUAUACAACGCACAGCAGACGACAGCAAAGAGAAAAGUGUUCCUGAAACAUCUCUUGUGUCCCUUCUUUUUUCAGACGGAGGCCAGAUAACCUCGGUGACGAUGGAGAAUGAGCCAUAGCAGGUCGCAGGUACAUCAGUAAAUCAUGAUGCCUUAAACCAGGAGCAUCAGCACCUCUGCAGGAGCCGUCCUCCACCAUCAUUUUGAGUUGACAGUACAGCCUCAAGCCACAUGUUUUGUGUGUACAUUAUAUGGACCAUCCUUCAUCCAGCGUGCUUUAAACCAGCAUCACAACAAUACUGUUCUCAUGUAAACAGGGACUGUACAGCGACCAUGUAGACUGCACCAGUCUGAAGCAGAAGUGAUUCACAGGUUUUGUCUUUGUUUUGAGCCAAAAACAUUCAAAUGUUUUGUUAUUAUUGCAUCUGAAAAACUCUGGGACUGCUUUUUCCAUCUUGAGCCAAUGCAUGUCUACAUUGUCUGUGUCUAUAUACAUGGAUUAAUCACAUUAUACAUUCUGACUAGAGAAUCAUCCUUGUCAGUAUUAAUCAAGCAUUAAUAACUUAGAGAAACCAGUGGGAGCCACUAAAGUGUGUGUAUAACUUAUACAAAAGGCUGCGACAUUUCAACACUGUCAACAGUGUGCGCAAUAUGUCUCAUCAGUUUUUAACUCCAAGCACAGUGCAAUUAUUAAGACCAGUAGUCAAUUACCAGGUCUAAUUUACAGUUUACAUGAUUUAAACCAUUUAUAGGUCUUUCUGUUUACACUUUUAAGAUAUUUAUUAUUUACAUUUCAAAUGUUAUGCUAUGGUCAAUACAUACAGGUGAUAUAAGCAUAUAAUGUGAGACCAAAUCAACUUUAACUAUAGUUAAGAUGGUAUAGUAGUUUCAUCUCAUUUCAAAUAAUUGUUUAAGACACAUGACCAAUAGAUCACAAUGAGAUGGCCAUUUUCAUUGCACUAUAAAUAUUUGUAACUUAUUUGUUUUCAAGUUUUUAUAAAUGAAUUGAAUUGUCUUUCAGUGUCUAUUGAUUAUUUGUAGUAUUUAUAUUUAUUUAGUUAUUUAAAUGGGCAUUGUCCUUUUUCACAGAAUGUUUUCACUUUUAUGGUCAAUCCUUUGCUACAGUAUGUAUUCAUUUUUAAGUUGCUCAAUCUUGAGUGUUAAUGCCAAUGAUUACAUCUGUAGUCUUUAUUUUUUUUCCAGUUUAAUAAGAUUUGUUUGAAAGUAAAUGCACACAAUUAAACCAAUAAAACUGUUAAAAGAUUUCAGAACAUUCAGUAACAUUUCAAUCCACUGUGUCCUUGAGCCUGACCCAGGAUAGAUAAGGUGGACUUUUUAUACCAGUAAUUAAAGAGUAGGCUAGUGUCAUCGUAAGUGCUCCUCCCUGUGCUCCUGGCAGACGUUCCAUUGUGUUUCAUUCAUUUUAGUGGAAAUGAUGCACAGCAUAGUGUGGGGUUUGCCUGAGUGAUCAGUAGACUGAAUAAGUGUGUGUAGAUGUUACUGACUGAUUGCUUGCCCAUGUGCGUGUGUAGUUUAACAACUAACUUUACUGACCGAACUUGGCUUAAUGCACCCCCAGUUGUAGUUAGCCCUGUAAAAAACUGCUGUUUUUUUAAUUUACCUUCAUUGUUCUGUAACAAUAAAUGCAAUGUAACCAUA